GUUACAAAUGGAACAAGCUUCGCCGCCUGAGUGGCAGAGCAUCCAUGGAAGUCCAUCGGAGGGCACCCCUCUCAUGAGCCCUGAGGUUGGUCAAGCGAUGCAAACCUGGACGGAGAGGAGAACCCUUCUGACUCCCGGGCCGAGAAUGUUUCAACAGGGAGCUUCUCGUGACGACAGCUCAAGUGGAAGUAUUCCCCAGGAGGUCAUCAUGGAUGAAGUUCGACGGCAAGUACAAAUGGCCUUGCAAACUCGUGAUGAGGAGAUGAGGCUUUUACGCGGCGAAAAUCAGGACUUGAGAGAAGCACUACGAAUCAUGCUGGAGACGGACGAAGGCGGUGGCGGACGACGAGAUCAGGAUGAGGUACCUCAAGAGGCUCCUUCAGGACUUCGAGGCCAUGAUAAGGAACCUCGGGGAAUUCCUGGCGGCAGAGGACCUGGUGAUGAACAAUCUCGAGAGAAUCGUUCGUCGGCCUUGGGAAGUUCUGGUGUUCCUGAUGCAGUGCCCGGUGAUCGGUCCUUGCCACGAGAGGUGCGACUGACUGAGGGGCAAGAGCAUGAAGCUCAUUCUGGAGGUGGAGGCAACCCUAUCGGGUCGGGCCAGAACAAUGGACCGGCAGGAACUGGUGGUGGGCCUUCGGCUGAUGGAGUGGGACAGGACCCAGACCUUACUGAGUCCACAGACGCCAUGAAGCUCUUGGUGCAGGGUAUGAGACAGCUGCAACAAGUGUACAUGCAGAAGAAGGAGGCCCCGGAGCAGGAAGCCAUCAAGGGUGGGGUCGAUCUUCAACCUAUGCCACCCGUGACGGGUGACUCGGCAGUGGAGUUUGCAGAUUGGUUGUAUAUGACUGAGCAGACGGUUGGGGGCUUGACAGACUUGGCGUCUACGUGGUUUGGAGCGACUUUGAAAUGUGCUCGUGAGGCCUACGACAAGUACCAGAUUGCAAGUCCGUUGGAAAGGCUCACCAUUAAGCCGAAUCUGCCGAGUGAGCUGAGUGAAGCAAGAUGGAAGCGCCUGGAGCGUCGUGUCCUGACAUUGCUUCUCAACGCCAUGAAUGCGACAGCGAAGGAGGACUGUGUGACUCAUCGUGUCACGAAUCCUGCCGAGGCCCUCUACAGACUACACAUACUGUAUCAGCCAGGUGGCUCUUCAGAACGGGCUGCCAUUCUUCGACAACUUGAGGGCUCAAGUGCUGGCGAGGAUCCGAAUGAGGCGGUGAUGCAGCUUCGCAAGUGGAGGAGGUACCUGGAAAGAGCUGAAGAGUGCAACAUUCGGGCGCCAGACUCCAGCGUGUUGGCUCGUGCUGUAGACACCAUCUCGCAGAAGGCCAUUGAAAGGUUUCCGGAGGUGAAGUUCAGGAUCUCCUUGGUGAAAAAUGAGUUACAAAUUCAGUCAAGACCAAGCCAGGCCACGGUGAUGAAGUACGUUGACCACGUUAUGGCUGAGCUUCAACAUGCAUCUCCGGCCAGGAAGGCGACACAGUCCAACGCGGAUCAGCCAAAGUUGAGGGCAGUGGGAAAUCAACAGACUGGAACCGGGGAACAAACUCCAUCCUCUUCUUCGCCUUCCUCUAAGACUGGUAAGAAUGGUGGAAAGGCUCCCUGCAAAUUCUUUCUUUCGGAAGCCGGCUGCCGACGAGGUCCUGCCUGCCAAUUUCAACAUGAGUUUCCCACAAAGGAUGAGAAAAAAUCUCGUUGUUGGCAUUGCGGUUCCCGAGCCCAUCGACAAGGAGAAUGUCCGGUGAAGGAGGCUACAAAAAAUGGUGGCAAGUCCCAGCGGGCUCCUACUCCGAAGGCGGCAGCUAUGCAGCCUGCUCCCUCCUUGCAGUCUGAAUCUCAAGCAUCAGGGUCGCAGCCUCAAGCAUCUGUGCCCGCUUCGUCCUCUAUGUCUUCGUCUUUGGACUCUCAGCAGGAUGCAGCUAGCACUUCGUCUGAUGGGACAGCAAGGGACCCUGAAAUCAAGGCAUUGCUGCAGGAAGCGAAUGCCAUGUUGAAAAAGCUUGGGAGUUUGCAGGCCCUGAGGACAGUUGAGGAGAGUGCAGAAAUGAUGACGGCUUUGAGGGCAAUUUUAGACCCCAACGAGAACCUCGCUUUGCUUGAUUCCGGCGCCACUCAUAUCUUCAGGGAAGGAACGGAGCUUGAGAGAGCCACUGCUGAAGAAGUACACGUACAGUUGGCCGACGGAAGGAUUGUAGCCCUCAAACAGAAUCGUGCUGGUACUCUGAUGCCUGCAACCCCGCAGGAAGGCGCUAUCAGGCCUACCUCGAUCAUCCCGUUGGGCGAGCUCGUAGAAUCCCUGGGAUGUACCUUGCAUUGGACUCGAAAAAGGGGCUUGGUCGUGGAACACCCGGAGCAUGGGGUGUUGAGAACGCAUGUAGCAGGCAGCUGUCCGAUGUUGGGAGAAGCGCAAGCCUUGAACAUCAUUCAGGAGUUGGAAGAGCAAAAGCUGCAGAGGCUUCAUGACAACGUGCAAGAAGGUCACCUUAGAGCCCUGGAGCAUAUCUUGAACAAGGAGUUUGGCGACUACCUGAAUGAGUACGUUCUUUCGGGAGAUCGAAGAGUGGGUUUGCAGGCCUUGAUGGACGAGUCUUCGCCUUUUGGAGUUCUCACAGAAGCCCAGCGCUGCAUGUUGAUCCAGGAUUUGGAUUUGAGUGAUAAGGCUGGGCAGACCUAUGUGAAAUCGUUGCCGGUCAAGAGAGCCAUGCGAAGGAAACUUCUUCAGAACCCAUGGAUAGUGCAUUUGUUUUCCGGAAGGACGGCGCACAAUGAGUUCAAGGUCUUGGAGGAAGCCGGCAAUGUGAUCCUCGAAGUGGACAUCGGCAAGAGCAAGGCCUGGGAUUUGAAAGACUGGAGCCCCGCGUAUCGUGCACUUCUCUGGGCGGCCAUGAAAGGAAAAAUUAAGGGAAUCUUUGGCGAGCCGCCUCGUGCAGCUGAUGGACAGCUGGCAAUGAAGCAGCUUUUUCUGUGGACAGUCGCCCGCCAAGCUUCGGUCAUGUCGGAGGCCAAUAUCCCCUUCUUCGUCCUUGAGGGCAACAUCGAUGGAGGUUUCUGGACAUCCACGGUUUGGGAGACCUUUCAGGCAAAAAACCGGAUGUUUGUGUUGGAAAGCGAUGAUGGUUGCCGAUGUGCUACCACGUUGUCAAUAGAUCCUCCGUCUGAGUGGAAGGUUCGAAGCGAUGGACACACAACUUGGACCGUGAAGUUCAAGAAUGCCCUGGUGAAGGGAAUGUUGUUCUGGAAAAAGGGAGCAUGUGUCAGAAGGGCGCUUGGAGAGUCUAGUGAAUACCGUGACUACAAGUACAUGCUUACCGGUGCUUACGUUGGCCCUAUUCUCGAGGGGUCAAGGCAGCCUCCGGAGGAUGUCAUCGACAAUGAUGAGGGUGCGGGCGUUGGUGCGCUUGAAGAACCUCAACCUUUUCAGCCUCCUCUUUCCCCAGCAGAAGUCCCAGAAGAAGAACCCCGGGGUGAACAAGAUGGUGGUGAAGCUGAUGAUGAGUACGAGGCUCUCUUAGAUGAGCAGGAAGUUGAGGAGGAGCCCGUAUCUCAAGAAGACAAGGAUAAGAUGGCUGAGAUCAAUGAAAAAUAUAAGGAGGUCGUGAAGGAGGUGGGCGACAACAUCCGUUAUCAUGUGAUUCGCUUUGCUGUGCCGAUGAGAUCUCGAAGAACAGCAGAGGUGAAUGCUUGCGUGCGAAAGAUGCUCCUCCAAGUCGAAGCCGAAGGAUUACCGGUUUUUCGAUGUCACUCAGAUCGGGCACGCGAGCUGUGCAAUGGAAAUCUUCGAGCUUGGUUCGUUGAGAGAGGAAUUCUCCCAACGACUGGUGAGCCUCAAAGCCCACAACAGAACGGUAGAGCCGAGGCGACCGUUAAGAUGGUUAAGUCCCAUGCCAAGACCCUCCUGCGUUCGAGCAGAUUGCCGCCUUCAGGGUGGCCACUUGCAAUGGCAUACGCCGUCUACAAGCAGCGAGAGGAAGCUCUGGGCCGGAAGGGGCCUAUUCCUUUUGGAACUCCAGUGCAUGUGAGGACCAAGGUUUAUGGAACUGGAGGAAAAUAUGAUCUCGACCCACGUUGGCGUCAAGGACUCUAUGUUGGCCCUUCUCCUGAUGUUCGUGGUGGUCAUUUGGUCAGGUUCGAGGACGGUUCCUAUGUCACAAGCAUGCACUUAAGAGCAAGCUUAGUUCCCGCCGAUGAUCUGGUCGAGAUACCUCCUCAUGAGAUGGACCUGCCCAUGCCGGAGAGACGAGUGAGAGGGAAGACCUCGUUGUCGUUGCUGUUGGCGUCACUUUCGAGGCCCUUGAGCGCGUCGGAGGUGGAAGCGGAAGCGUUCGCCAGGAAAAUGUUUCGUGAAAAGAAAUGGACUGUGGAAGUUCUGUUGGAGCUGAGCAAGUUACUGGGAACCACAAAGCUUGAGGCCCACGGCAGUAGAGCUGUCCAACAAGAGAAUCAGUUGUCGUGGUUGACUGGUGUUUUCGUGCAUGGUGGAGUGGCCGGGAUUCGCAACACAACGAAGAGAAUGAAGUGGACAACAAAGUAUUUGGUCAAGGCGACAAAGGAGAUCACUGGUCAAAGAGAGUUCACUGCUUUGGGACUUAUUCGGAAUACGUCGUUUGGAUGUCAUCGUGAUGUUCACAACGAAGCGGACUCCCGGAAUGUUCUCCUACCUCUGCUUGUCCCUGAGAACGGUGGUGGUCUUUGGAUAGAAGAUGAAGAUGUUCCUGAAGAAGGGGCGGUUUUCAGAACACCACCUGGAGCGAAAUCUCCUAAACGAGGCAAAGUGCAGGAGCUGGAAAGGGGGAAGCCGAUAGUUUUUUCUGGACGAAAAUGGCAUGAAGUACAAGAAUGGGAGGGUGAUCGUGUGGUUUUGAUUGCUUUCACACCGAGAGCGACCAAGCUUCAUGAAGAAGAUCGAAGGCGUAUAAAGGAGCUGGGGUUCACUUUACCGAAAAGAAGAGAGCUUCGGAAGGUGAAUGCCAACCAGUUCCAGUAUGCCUCAGGUGACCUCCUGAAGAAUGCCGACCAGUUCCAGUAUGCCUCAGGUGACCUCCUGAAGAAUGCCGACCAGUUCCAGUAUGCCUCAGGUGACAUCCCGAAGAAUGCUGACCAGUCCCAAUCUUGCGAAAUGUGGCUUGGCCCUUUCCUAGAUAAGGAGGUGGACGAGAAACUGGGCGAGGCGUUGGAGAGAAUUGGGGAUGAGCAAGAGCUCCUCCUUGACGAUUUGGAAGAACGUCAAGGGCGACUCCGGGAACUACUGGAACAAGAAGAAGUGCUAGCGGAAGAAUGUCAACGAGCUGGCAAGCAAAUUUCUGAAGAGAUCCAACAUGUUCAGCAAAUGAUUUACGAGAUGAUGGAGUCCGUUGGCAGGAACGAGGCAAAGGACACUGCGAAUACGUUGGCGAAGUGUUUGCAAGCCCGGAGAUUGUGCAUGAUGCAAACGACAAAUGAACAAGAUUAUGAGGCCCUUGUUGCGAACCUGCAAGAAGAUUUAAAAGUGGUCCAUACUGUCCCUCUGGAACAGGUGAAGCCAGUGAUACAUCGAUGGUGGCAAGCAAUCCAAAAGGAGCUGGACACCCUUUUCGCUGGUACCUUGCAGAAAAUUCCGUUGUCCCGAGCACGGGAACUUGAACGCUCUGAAGGCCUGAGGAUAGUACCAUCAAAAGGUGUGUUUACGCUGAAACCUCCGGGCUCUGGAACAAAAAAUGAGAGGGUGAGAAGGAAAUUUCGGCUUGUACUGUGCGGGAACUUCGUGGCUAGAGGGGAAGAUGAUGCUGAGCUAUACGCUGGAGGAGCAUCGGCCGAGACACUUCGAACCUCGCUGGCUUUUGCGGCUCUUCGCCGUUGGCUGGCGGCCAGCACCGAUAUUGUGUCGGCUUUUCUGUUGGCCCUCUGGCCGGACGAUAUGCCGAAGUAUGCCAUCUUGCCACCCAAGUAUCUUGUCAACCCUGAGGAGGAGCCACAGGCUUGGUUGGUCCUCAGGCCAUUGUAUGGUCUUCGCGAAUCUCCAAGUAUAUGGGCGAGAUGCAGGGCCUUGAGGAUGUCUAUGGCGAGCAUACCAUGUGGAAAAAGGACCUUGAAGCUAAAACCUUCCAAGGCCGACCCUGAGCUCUGGCUCAUCUUCGCCAACGACAAUGACCUGGACCUGCUGGGACUGAUCAUCACGUAUGUGGAUGAUCUGUUGUAUCUCUCGGAGGAGGAGAUUAUUCGUGCAAUCCACGUCUGGCUGGAAGAAGAGUGGCCAACCAGUGGCUUACAGUUUGCAAAUCAGGGUGAAGGAGUUCGGUACCUUGGAAUGGAAAUCAAGCAAGAUGAAAACUGCGUUUUCCACCUCGCACAGUCGGCUUAUAUCCGAGAUCUCCUUCGUUCCCACUCCAUGGAUGAUGCCGUCGAAAGCAAGCUCCCAUGUCCGAAGGAGUGGCUAGCAGAUGAAGAGCUGGACGAACAGGAGAACUUUUCGGAACUGGAGUUGAAGAUGGCUCAAAAAAUCGUCGGAGAACAGCUGUGGUUGUGUAUGAGAACGCGUCCGGAUCUCCUUUUCCCGGUGAACUACAUGGCGUCAAGAGUGAGCAAACAGCCGAACAAGGUGAAGCAGAUCGGCGGAAGAAUCAUGAGCUACUUGAAGGCUACUGAGAAGAUGGAACUGGUCAUUGGAAGACAUGAGCCAAGUACCAGCACCAGCAGUACAGCAGCAGCAGAGGCAGCAGACACCACAAGCAAGCGUGCGUGUGCAAGUAUUCCCUGCCUAACUGCCUUUUCUGACGCCAGCUUCGCCCCGUACGGAUCCAGAUCGUUUGGGGCCUGCGUAGUUACAGUCAAUGGGGCACCAGUUGCUUGGAAAGCCAGCAAACAGGCUUUCAUCGUACUGUCCGUGAUGGAGGCAGAGUUGUACGAAGCCACGCAAGCCACGGUGUUACUUGAAAGCAUCGGGUGUCUCCUUGAUGAGCUAUCUGGAACAAGGUUGAGGCGGAUCCUACGGGUAGACAAUACCUCUGCCCUGGCCAUGCUGGCCGGCGGACAGGGUUCCUGGAGGACCAGACAUUUGAAGGUCCGAAGUGCACAUGUUCGUCAACAAGUUGAACUUGGGCUUCUGGAGGUGGAACACGUUGACGGUUGUCGUCAACUUGCGGAUUUGGCCACCAAGAUGCAUAGCAAGGCAAGGCUUUGGGACUUGCUACAACAAUGGUGUUUCGUCAACCUACCUGCUGAAGCUGUGCAGUUGGUGGGACUCCGAAAGCUGGCAGUAGUAUGUGUCGUUCUGGCCAUGCUCAUCAUCCCUGCGGGUGCGUCGAGUCCGUCGAGUGGGCGUGAUGACAGUACUGCUGAACCGAUGGAAGCUACGACAACUGGAAGAAGUAUCAAGGUGACUGGAGCGGAUGAACUGUUCCUGUUGACAAUCGUGGUGUGUGUUGCUACAGUUGGUUUUUGGGAAGGCUUGAAACAUGGUGCCAAGUGGUUUUGGGGACUGUGUCGGGAGAGCCCGAAGAACCGACGACUACGAAAGCUACGUGAAGCGGCCCGAGCAGCAGCCGAAGUGGAGCUGGACAGGACGUUGGAGACUGAUGAUUCCCUACGUCAAUCAAGCUCUCCGCGUGAAGUUCGAGCACGUGUGUUGGAGACUGCGUCCAGAACUCCCAUUCCACCACCUCCAGUUGUUGAGCCGGCGUAUCCACCGGUUCCUCCGAUCCCAGAAGUUCCACGGGGAGCAACCUCAAGCUCCAGUCCUUGGGAGCUCAGGGCACCAGAGGUGUCCUAUGUGCAAUACCCGACAAACCAGUUUUGGAAAACUGGGUCAGCUUCUUCAAAGAUUCACACGAGCCCGCAUUGUCAUGGCCUGAAUGGGGUGCAACCCAGGCGAGCAGAGUAUUGCCAGUUUUGCAACGGUGCAAGACCUUUGUACCGACGUUCCAUUGAUGCUUUGGCUUUGGGGUGA